CAUGACCUCUAUAUAAACAUAAUAUUAAUCGUUAGUUUAAAACCAUUAAAUUCAAUAUGUCUUACAUUCAUAAAACUUCCUUGAUCAUUUUAAUUAUCCUUGUCCAAACAAGGCUUAAAGUUUCAGCAGUAGACGACCCAUUGUACCAAUUGUGUUCCUCUAGCGCCGGAAGCUUCUCUCCCAAUUCCGUUUACGUAAAAACACUAAACACACUCUUAGGCUCUCUACAGACCGGUAUUGUUACUCCUUCGGGAUUUUCACGCGCCGCCAUUCACAAAAAACUCUUUGGAAUCGCUCUCUGUCGAGGAGACGUUAACUCCACCGAGUGUAACACAUGUGUUGUUGAUGCUAGUGCUGAAAUUCGAAAGCGUUGCCCUUACAACAAAGGGGCAAUUAUAUGGUAUGACAAUUGUUUCUUAAAGUAUUUGGACCAUAAUUUCUUUGGUCAAAUUGAUAUUCAAAAUAAAUUUGAAUUAGUCAACGUAGCAAAUAUAAGCAAUAAUCCUACAUUGUUUAACCAAAAGGUUAAGGGAUUAUUAAGCAACUUAGCUGACCAGGGAUCUAGAUCUAGGGUACUUUACGCCGCCGGUGAAACGAAGCUCGAUACGUUCACAAACUUAUAUGGAUUAGCUCAAUGUACUCAAGAUUUGUCGAGUAAAGAUUGCAAGAUUUGCUUGGAUGAAGCCAUAAGUGAGCUACCGAGUUGUUGUGAUGGAAGACAAGGUGGUAGAGUUGUUGGUGGGAGUUGUAAUGUCAGAUAUGAGGUUUACCCUUUUCUUAACUCUUCUUAGAAAUUAAGGAUUUCAAACUAUCAACUAUAUCUUUGUCAAAGAGUUGACUAGCUAGAUUAUCAAUUCAUCUUUGGGAUAGAUAUUAUGUACGGAGUACUACGUAUGUUUUUAAUUAAACAAGUACUACUUUCAUGUAUCCUCUUCCUUUUGAUAUAUGGUUGCACUCCUUCUUUUCACA